UCCUAUUGGUGGAUGUGGACCUUCGCUGUGGCGGGUCCCCAGCUCUUGAGCCUCUCAAGUCCUGUUUAGUGUGGCUUCCUCAGUUGCUCACGGUUCUCAGGUAUUUUGCAUCUGGGGAGGGCGUGGAAGAGGACUUUCUUUGCAGCCCCCUAACCUCCGCAGGUCGGCCUAAUCCUUUAACCUCACCCAGCAAGAGUACCGAUGUCAGAACCCCUGUGAUCUCGGAUGCUACGGAAGAAAGCGAGAGGAGAUUGGUCCAAACCUCGCUGCUGAUUCUGUGCCGACCCUAAAGACGAGCCCAUGUUACUACAGUCAAAACCGUGCGCCUUCGAAAGGCAGGUUUCAAUUUCUGCAAGGUUCUAGGCCGGACGCCUGCGCAAACUGUAGAGCCCAAGCUAUGGCGACCAGGCAUCUCCCAGCAGAGGGAGCACAGUUGGCCCUCUCUGCUACCCAGCUCGAGGAAGAGCCUCAGAAACCCAACUAUACUGUCAGACUUACUCUUGCAGGACACUCGGCGGCCGUAUCAUCAGUUAAAUUUAGUCCUAAUGGAGAAUGGCUAGCAAGUUCUGCUGCUGAUGCACUCAUUAUAAUUUGGGGAGCAUAUGAUGGGAAAUGUAAGAAAACACUCCAUGGUCAUAAUCUGGAAAUAUCAGAUGUUGCCUGGUCUUCAGAUUCUAGUCGUCUCGUUUCUGCCUCAGAUGACAAGACUCUAAAGUUAUGGGAUGUAAGAUCUGGAAAAUGUUUGAAAACAUUGAAGGGACACAGUGAUUUCGUUUUCUGCUGUAAUUUCAACCCACCAUCCAACCUCAUCGUUUCGGGAUCUUUUGAUGAGAGUGUGAAAAUAUGGGAGGUGGAAACAGGAAAGUGCCUCAAGACUUUGUCUGCCCAUUCGGACCCUAUUUCAGCCGUACAUUUUAAUUGCAACGGGUCCUUGAUAGUAUCGGGGAGCUAUGAUGGUCUUUGUAGGAUCUGGGAUGCUGCCUCAGGCCAGUGUUUAAAAACACUUGCUGAUGAGGGUAACCCUCCUGUGUCCUUUGUAAAAUUUUCUCCAAAUGGUAAAUAUGUUCUCACUGCAACUUUGGACAAUACUCUGAAAUUAUGGGAUUACAGCAGAGGCAGAUGCCUGAAGAUGUACACUGGCCAUAAGAAUGAGAAAUACUGCAUAUUUGCCAGUUUCUCUGUUACUGGUGGGAAGUGGAUUGUGUCCGGCUCAGAGGACAACAUGGUUUACAUCUGGAACCUUCAGACUAAAGAGAUUAUACAGAAGUUGCAAGGUCACACAGAUGUUGUGAUCUCUGCGGCUUGUCACCCUACAGAAAACAUCAUUGCAUCAGCAGCAUUAGAAAAUGACAGAACAAUUAAACUGUGGACGAGUGACUGCUGAAGUCUCUGGCAAUCGAUAGUCAAGCUGAAUUAGAAACAAAAUAGAAAGGAUGAUUUCUCUGAAGCGUGGUUUUGUAGUUUCAAAUUGUCUUUGAUUGUAUGAGUUUGAGACAUUUUCAUUUGUGAAAUGAGACCACUAUAAAAGCAAGUCUAGGACUUGCGGCUUCUGAUUCUUAAAUCUUGAGACCUGUUGGCAAUCUCAUGUGUCCAUCCCUGGACAGCAUCUCAUUUUCUUUCCACAGCUUUCCCAGGCGGGGGUGGGUAUUUGGAAUAUUUACAAGGUUGACAGAGCAGGAUGACUCUGGGGAAGAGGGACUUGUAGUUUCUGGUUUGGGAAGUCAUUAAGGACAGCAGCAUGAAUUUAGGGAGGAAAUGAGGAUUGGCAAUGUCUUACAUGCCACUUGAGUAUUUUUGGUGUUAUUCUACAUGAUGGGACAUCAAAGUGCCAAAUUAAUCUGUCAAGUUGGGGACAAUAAGUCAUAGUCAGGUUCAUUCUACAAAUCUUAACACUUAGGCAUGUGUUGUGGGGGCUCAGAGGAUGACUCUCAUGAGUUGGGUCUCCUUCCACUGUGGGCUCCAGGUAGUGACUCAGGCCAGGCUUUCUCAACAGGAUCUUUUGUUAACCGAGCCAUCACACAGGCCCAGAAUCUUAAAUUGUUUUUGAGAAAGGGUCUUGCUCUGUAUCCUGUAGGCCUGGCUGCCUUGUAAAUCAGGCUGGUCUCAAACCCAUAGAUUCACCUACCUCUGCCUCCUC